AUGCCGAAGUUUUACUGUGACUACUGUGACACUUAUUUAACACAUGACUCGCCAUCGGUAAGGAAAACGCACUGUAGUGGUCGAAAACACAAGGAGAAUGUGAAAGAUUAUUAUCAGAAGUGGAUGGAGGAGCAAGCACAGAGUCUCAUUGAUAAAACGACGGCCGCGUUUCAACAAGGGAAGAUUCCACCAUCACCUUUUCCUGGAGGACCUCCACCGGGUGGUCCUCCUCGACCUGGCAUGUUGCCAACUCCGCCAAUGGGAGGUCCUCCUAUGAUGCCUAUGAUGGGACCCCCUCCACAUGGCAUGAUGCCUGGUGGACCUGGUAUGAGGCCGCCGAUGGGAGGGCCCAUGCAGAUGAUGCCAGGGCCUCCACACAUGAUGCGUCAUCCCCGGCCCAUGAUGAUGCCAGUGAGGCCUGGCAUGAUGCGCCCCGACAGAUAA